UCAAGGUUUAUAUUGGCUACGUGCUAUUCAAUGUACUAAACAGCAUCAGAAAAUCGUCUACUUGCCGUUUGACCGACAGUAAAUCUGGAUAAAUAACGCUCCAAAGACCUCGGAGCUCAGUUUCAAGUAAUAAAGAUUCUAAAUUCAGAGCGUUUAUGCAAUGGACGAGUGGAUUGAAUACAAGUGCAAGUCAGGACAGACUUUGUUUAUUUACAACAAGUUGACAGGGGAACAUAAAUGGCUCACUGGCGAUGGGAAUGGCUCUUUAGAGGAGAGCAUAUUGAAUGGUGAACCGAUCAAACGCAAAGAAGUCUGCAGUAUUGGUACACAGACAGAUGACAAUGGCUGCAAUAAUGGCUGCACAUCUAUGUAUGCUGAUGUAAUUCCAGACCAGAUUUCUCAUGCCACAGACCUCCCCCCUCAACCACAACCAAUUGUACUUUACCGAAGAGAAGACUCGUUUGGUAAUCCGUCAGGUGGAGAGAGUAGAUUUGUUCAAGUUGAAAGGGAAGGAAGAUCAGUCAAUAACUCUUCUUCAGGAAUCAGAAGUAGCAGUGAAGCUGUGUUUACCAAUGAGCGGCAUCAGUCUACAACAAUCAGUGAAACAGCUUACAAUGCAGAAAUAGAUGAAAAUGAACACGGGUACUAUGUCGUUCACAUCAACCCACAUAGCUGCACUGAAGCCAGAUGUAUGCCUAACCACCAAAAAUACCAUGACCCCAUUGAUGAAGAAGAUGACACCAUAGGGAAACCUUUUCAGUGUACUCACUGUAACAAGCGGUUUGCACGGAAGUUUAAUCUCAAUCUUCACCUUAGAACCCAUACUGGGGAAAAGCCAUUUGAAUGUUCUUAUUGUUCAAAGAAGUUUGCGCAAAAGUCAAACUUAUAUGUUCACCUGCGCAAGCACACUGGAGAGAAGCCAUACCAAUGUAACCAAUGUGAUAAGGUGUUUGGGCAUAAAUGCAAUUUGUAUAAUCAUAUGAGGGCACACACAGGUGAAAAACCUUUUGAAUGCUACUAUUGCCAUAAGAAAUUCCAAGGGAAGCGGAAUUUGAGAGUUCACCUGAGGUCGCAUAAUUACUCUGGAGAAAGUUCCUGAUAAGAUUAACUGUACCAAGAGGUUUGUGCAGUAUGAAUUUAAUUACUUUCAAUUACUUGUCUCUAAUAGAUAUAGAACAAGUGAAAAGUAUUCCAACUCAAGGAAAUAGUCAGUAAUAAUUAAGYUGGUCUUAUUUGUGAGACUCUGUGCAAGACAAUAAUUUAACGUGACAAUAUUUAUAUGCUAACACCUACAUAGUUCAUUUUAUAUAUUGCACAUACUGCAUUUAAUCAAAUUCAAUAUUUAUACACUAUGUCAUAUAAUAAUAUUAUAUUUAAAGUAUUUGGGCACAAAACUGUGGUUGCAAGAAUGUAUCACAAUUUUUAAUGAAUACUAACAGUAAAAGGAGCACAUUACUAACAGAGUCAUUUUCAUCCGUCUGUGAAACAAUUACUACUAUUCAAUGUUUAAUAGUAACUAUCAGGGUGUAGUAGGCUACCAAAAAGCAAACUCAAGACCAUGUUUGCCUAAUUACUUUGUCGCAUUUCAUAAGUUAAACUAUUGGAAGCUAAUAGGGGGUAAUAGUAUUUAAUUUAAAUUAUUACAAUUCCUAUUUCACAGACGGAUGAAAAUGACUCUUUGUUCUUAUGAAAUGGAAAUAAAUACAGUUUGUAGCUAAUGAUUACAUGACUGUGUACAUAAAGGGAUUUAAUGAUAAAGUCAUAACUCAAUCUAUCAUGUGGUCAUAUUUUUGUACUGACUACUGUACUGAUCUAUCGACUGCAGUACAUAAGAAACUUAAAGAAAAUUUCAAGAACAUUUUUAAGGCUGAUUUGCCAGCCUGACAUCCAAAAUCAUGCAGGUGAUUUAUACUCUACAGCUAUUUCAGAAAAUUUGUUGUUCAGUAAUGAAGAUUUUGUAUUCCUCCAAAAUGCAUUUUUUGUGGGUAAUAUAUCACAACUUUAACAGCGAAUUUCACAGAUUCAUACUGAAAAUAUGCUCUUGUAGGAAGCAAUAAAUUUCCAGUCAAUUUGUAAUGCCAUUUGCAUUGAAUCUGAUAGCAACAAUGCAUUCUGUUCCUAGAAUGCUGCAAAUGCAGUAUUAAAGUUGACUAUUGUGGAGCUUCAGUUACCUUUUCGGUCAUUCUUUGGCAAAAGAAAAAAGAAAAAAUAGAAAGGACUGAUGUAUGUUGACUUAAUUCAAUGAUUCUUAUGGAAGUUGUACAUUCCUAUGUAUUCACAAUUUCUACUAACUUCAAUUUUAAAAGUCAAGUUAUUUAUUAAUAACU